AUGCCAGUCUGCGAGAUCCAUCUCCAACCAAGAGGUUCCGCCGAGCCACUCAUCGUCAAGGAUUUCGAUCUUAUCAAACAGAUGCCAGUUAACCCCGACUGGGAAACCACCGAUACCAUCUUGGCAACACCACUUCCAAUUCCAUUUGAAAAAGAGACAAUGGAGUUCAUGUUCAACAACAUGCGUCGCUACAAAGCGCCAGCCGACGACGAUUUCGAGACAAAAGCCGAAGAUUAUCCAGAAGCCUACGCAAAGGAUGUCUAUGACCUCAAACCAAUCAUCGAAUUGGCCAACUACACGGAGAACACGGAUUUUAUGAACUGUAUCGGAUUCGUGAUUGCUAAGAAGUUGGAGAAAAUGAGCAUUGAGUCGAUUGCCGAGUUCUUGGGAGUCGAGUGCUUGCCAGAGGGAAAUUUCUUCGAUGAGAAGGAUGGAUGGAUUCAUGCUCCAGCUGAACUCUUUGAGGCUGAGAAGUCACAGGCAGCAGGAGCGGCGCCACAAGCUCAGUGA